GCUAGACUCCGGCCGAGACUCUGAGCUCAGGCUGUAGCCGCAUCUGCUCAAGGCAAAUUGGUGGGAGCAAGGUUGAAGGUGGUUAAGGAGUAAAGAGAGCACACAAAGAAUCUAGAAAGCUUCAUGCGGCGCUCAAGGUCCUGCAUUGUUGCACUGUUUGUCAUUUGUAGAUUUGAAAAGCAACAUGGCAGCCACUGCAAACGUCAGAGCUCCGGCGCUUAUAGUGAAUAGCCUUGGGGAAGAAAGUUUGAACCGGAGACAGUGUUGCGGGGCAGCCGCAAUUGCAACAUCUCCUCUACUGUGUGCUCCUAAGAAACCUGCAAACCUUGUAAGAAAGAAAACUUUUCUAGAAGGAGCUGCGUUUUCCUCAACUUUCCAAGCUGCGAAGCUUAGCUUACCCCAGAGAACUUAUGCACGCAAUGAGCGGGGAAAAGUGCUUGCUCAGGCAGCGGCGGACGGGCCUUCAAAAGCAAAGGAAAUUGACGAGCCUGUACUUGUUGUUGGCGCUACAGGGGGCGUGGGUCAGAUUGUUGUGUCAUAUCUCCUGGACCGCGGACACCAGGUCAGGGCAGUCCUGCGCAAUAAGGAGAAAGCGGAGCAGAUCUUUGGCCACGAACACGAUGAUCAGCUGGAGAUGUUUGUCGCUGACACAAGACAUCCAGACACACUUCGACCGGAGAUCUUUGAGGGUGUGGGCUCUGUGAUUUGCUGUACUGGGACCACAGCCUUCCCGUCGAAACGAUGGGAUGGAGGCAAACCAGAGGAGACAGAUUACCACGGCUUUAAGAACCUGCUAGAGAAGACCCCGAAGUCGAUCAAGAAGUUUGUGCUGGUCUCGUCCGUUGGAGUGGAGAGCUACAAUUCGUUCCCUUACAACAUUCUUAACCUAUUCGGCGUGCUUAAGUGGAAGAAGCUCGGCGAGGAGAUGCUGGAGAAGUCGGGACACCCGUUCACGAUCAUCAGGGCGGGUCGGCUAAUGGACGGUCCAUACACGUCGUACGACUUGAACACGCUCCUCAAGACAGCCAGCGGCACAAGACGAGCGGUCAUUCUAAGCAAAGGGGACAAGCUCCGUGGGGAGGCCAGCCGGCUGAGCGUAGCCGAGGCCUGCCUGCAAGCACUGCAGCUGGAGUCGACCAACGGGCACAUCUACGAGAUCAACAGCGCUGAGGGUGACGGCCCCGGCACGGAUUCGGAACGAUGGGCCGCUCUCUUUUCAGGGGCCGAACGAGUUGGACAAGCCAAGAGUUGAGACGUGUUUUGUGGGCAGUCCCUCCCGUGUUGAGUAGAAAAUCAAAAAGUAAACUAGACUUGUGUUCGUGUUGUAUUUUUUAAGAACUCACACUGAGCCGACGCGUGCGAUUUGCAGCCCACUGCGACCUGUUCAAAUUUUGACGUGAUUGACCUUGGUCCAGGUUUCCAACUUCGUGAAACUCGAGCACUCGACCAGUAGCAGCUUGAUGGGUGUGUAUUGACUCACUG